UGCGAAUAUAAAUUUUCUAUUUAUAUUCAUAUCGUUCCAGACCGAUUCAACGGAGCAGUUUACUCAGACAGCGCAAAGAGAAGCGAACUAAACAUCCCUACAGCGUAAAAUGGCAAGCGAACUACGAGCAAGAAACAUCCAGGGCUUAGCAGGGCCGGAGAAGAGAAACGGGACUCCAAGAGAAGCGGAGGGAAAUAGUUACGGCGAAAAGGAACCUCUUUUAGACGAAGACGCCAUUUACAGCAAGCACGAAAUGCUGGAAGCUUUAGCUAUAGAGAUAGAAUUGGAGAAAACUGGAAGCGAAGCUGAAGUCUCUGGAUCCUUAUGCUUCCGUGACGGGGCGAGAAUAAUUGAUUAUAUCUUGGCCUACGAAACUCCAAUAGAUACCGAGUCGCUGUCAGCGGAGCAGAAAGAAACGGAGAAUAGCCAUGCUGACAAGCGAAGAGUUUACGAGGAGAACUUGAAGAAAGCGGGGCUCGAAUUAGAACACGAAGAAGGCGUUUCCACAAAGGACAAUAAAAAGCGCAAGACGCACUUCGUGAAGAUUCACACGCCAUGGGACGUGCUAGCGGCCACUGCGGAGGAGAUGAUGAUGAAGUCACCUAUCCGAGACAGCGAUAUCGAGAUCAAAUCCUGGUCCGAGAAACACCUCAGCGAGGAGUUCGUCACGUCGAUACGCAGCCGAGACCCCCUCAAGAUACAUGACUCUUGCAUAACACCACCCAAGAAACAGUUCGUCGCGUACUUUCGUAAGGACCACUUGGAGCAGUUUGUAGGGUACCACGACAAAAACACAUUCUUCAGCGCCGCGGAGCGCAGUCGCAUGACAGAGCGCAUUUGCUCUCAGCAGAGAUUCGGCGAGGAACGCUUUGACCAGGGCAUCAAGCGUCUUAUCCACCAAGGGACCUACACGGCCGCGUACCCCCUCCAUAGCGGCCCCGAGGAAGUGUCUCGUAAAGGGCACCCCUCAAACGAGCGACAGAAGCUCAGACGUGAUUGGGCGAGAUUCGGGCGCUGGUUUAAGUACCAGCCCUACGAUGCCAUUAAGGAUUACUUCGGGACAGAGAUCGGCUUGUACUUUGCUUGGCUUGGCUUUUACGCCGCUAUGCUUGUUCCUGCUGCUAUUUUCGGUGUCGCGGUUUUCAUUUACGGGAUCGCCCAAUCAACAAUCUUCCCUCCUGUCAAGGACAUAUGUAACAAAGCCUACGAGGCGGAGUUCUAUAUGUGUCCCCUAUGUGACAAGCAGUGCCCGUAUUGGUCCUUGGUUGUUAAUUGCCCGUAUGCAAUCUGGGUCCACGCGUUUGAUAAUGAUAGUACGGUGGUAUUCGCUAUUUUCAUGUCUAUUUGGGCCACGGUUUUCCUUGAGUUCUGGAAACGAAGGCAGGCUGUGCUGGCGUAUGAAUGGCACAUGAUGCACUAUGAAGACCAAGAGGAACAACCACGCCCCGAGUUUAUAGUUACCGUCACUACCCUUAAGAAAGACAAGGUAACUGGCAAGAUGGUUCCACACGUGCCCAAGCUGCAGCAAUACCGCAAGCUGGCCGGUGUGGUGAGCCUGGUGGCAUUCAUGAUCGCCCUCGUGCUGAGCGCGGUAGUGGGCGUGGUCAUAUACCGCGCGUCUGUCUAUGGGUCACUCAUGGCGUACCCAGACCCCCAGGUACGCAAGCAAGCAAAGAUGACCACUAGCAUCACCGCGGCGAUACUCAACUUAAUCUGCAUCAACCUGUUAAAGUUCGUGUACGAGAAACUUGCAAUGUUUCUCACAGAAUGGGAGAACCCUCGCACCGAGACAGACUUCAAAGACAGCUUCACCUACAAGAUGUACCUUUUUCAGUUCGUCAACAACUACGCGUCCAUCUUCUACAUCGCAUUCUUUAAGCUUAACCUGGUGAUUGGCACUCCGGGGAAUUAUCGACGCUUCGCGGGGGAGUAUCGAUUGGAUGGUUGCAGCUCGGGCGGCUGUUUAAUGGACUUGUGUAUACAACUUGUGAUAAUUAUGGUGGGACAACAAAUCAUCGGGAACAUCACGGAGAUUGCUAUACCAGGUCUGUUAAAGUGGUGGAAGAUGCGACAGGCUCAGAAGGAGGCCUUUGAGGAAAUUCCCCGCUGGGAAGUCGACUACAAGCUUAACACACUCCCUGAACAUCACUUGUUCUGGGAAUACCUCGAAGUCGUCCUGCAGUUCGGUUUCGUGACCAUGUUCGUGGCGGCUUUUCCUCUCGCGCCACUUUUCGCGCUCGUCAACGCCGUCUUCGAGCUUCGGGUUGACGCCAUCAACUUCGUGUGUCAGUUUCGAAGGCCGACUCCUCGCCGAGCACAGGACAUCGGCGCAUGGAUGAGCAUCAUGCAAGGACUCGCUAACAUCUCGGUGCUCGUUAACGCCUUCGUCAUCGCCUUCACUUCCGAUUUCAUUCCGAGGUUGGUGUACACGACAGCCUACAGUCCAGACGGCACCCUCCGCGGCUACCUCAACAACAGCUUGUCAUACUUCAACGUUAAAGACUAUGACCGCAUGGGCGCAAUCGGGGCUCGAGAGAAGCCUGGAGACAACUACGCAUACACUGUACUCAACUACACCCGCGAGUACUGCCGUUACCCUGGUUACCACGAGCCCGAGUUCCCGUAUGAAGUCAGCAAGCAGUACUGGCACGUGAUCGCCGCUCGCCUCGCUUUCGUGUUCGCCUUCCAAUACAUCGUUUACGCGGUUACCAAGUUCGUGGCGUGGCUCGUCCCAGAUCGCCCGCGACAUUUGGAGCUUCGCAUCAAGCGACAGGAAUAUCUGGCAAAGAAGGCGCUGGAGAAGAGUGCCGCACUUGGAGUAGAACCCGUCAUGGCUUAGGGAUAGUACGAAAGACGCCUUUCCCCCUCCACUCGUGAUCGCCUUGACUGACACGCUAGCAUCCCCUACCCAAGAAGAUAAUAAAGUAUUAGUUUUGCUGCUUCUAUAUUUUCAUAUGUAAUAGAUAUAGAUAAUUUAAGCCGAGAAAUGAUAAUAAUAUUUUGUGACAAGCCAAUUUGGUUAAAUAUUGGAUGGAAUAUCUUUACAAAAAAUAUGCAAUGAAAGAACUCUUAACGUAGUAUUGCUUUGGUAUCCCGAAUAUUUCCAUUCGUUCUAGCUGCUUGGACCAUAACCAUGUUACUGAUAUAACUAAAAAAACUACUGACAAGCUGUUGAAUUACGAUAGGUGGUCUGUGGCUUGGUGGAAUCGGGAAAAAAAGUAACUUGGUCAGUAGAGGAGAAAGAGGGCGCUUGCAGUGGGUUCUAACGCUAUCCCAUACGCGAAGGCAAGCACAACACAAAUGAGAAUCAGUCAAACGCAAACAACACAAGUGAGAAUCAGUCAAACACAAGCGCAACACAAGUGAGAAUCGGUCAAACACAAGCGCAACACAAGUGAGAAUCAGUCAAACGCAAGCGCAACACAAGUGAGAAUCGGCCAAACACAAGCGCAACACAAGUGAGAAUCAGUCAAACGCAAGCGCAACACAAGUGAGAAUCGGCCAAACACAAGCGCAACACAAGUGAGAAUCAGUCAAACACAAGCGCAACACAAGUGAGAAUCAGUCAAACACAAGCACAACACACGUGAGCGCAACACAGGUGAGAAUCAGUCAAACGCAACACAAAGAACCAGUCAAACACAAGCACAACACAGGUAAGAAUCAGUCAAACAAAAGCGCAACACAAGUAAGAAUCAGUCAAACAAAAGCGCAGCGCAUAAGUGAAAAUCGGUUAAAAGCAGAACAAGAAUUGGUCAAACGCAAGCGCAACGCGAGUGAAAACCGUUCGAACCCCAGCGCAAACACGACAUAGAAUCGAUCAAACGCAAAGCGCAGCACAUAUGAGAAUAGGUCAAAUGCAGCAAGUGAGAGUUGGUCAAACCAAAGCGCAGGACAUUUUAAGAAUUGGUCGAACCCUAGCGCUCAAUUUAAGUGACUUCGAUGGGCUUCGGUACCACCCUUGUGAAAUUACUUUCUCAUAAAGUCUGUGCCCACUUUAUUCGCCGCUAUCCGAGUAUCUAAGGAUUCUAGUGAAAAGCGAAUACUUGGGAUUUUAAACAUUGGCCACUUUCUUAUUUUUAAUUGAAAUAUUUGGUACCACAGUAGUUCGGUCACGUAACGUGUCUAAUUGUGGCAAACCAAAACGUAUUAUAGCAAAGGCGGUCUCCUGUUAUUCCCUGUUAAGCCCAUUGAUUUUUGGUGACUUUAUAAUAAAAGUCAAAAUCAGAAAAUGUA